AUGGCGAAUACGACGGCACAAGAUCCAACCAACAAAGUUGAUCUCGUCAAGUUGGAAAGCGUGCGCAGAAAGUAUGCCGAGGAAGCAAAGAAACGCCUGCGGCCAGAAGGCGCUGCACAGUUUCUGCCACUCAACGAAGCUCAAGAAGAUCGACUCCACUCCCUUCUCGAUGAUCCUUGGGUAGACCACGCGAAGCUCAACGGCGGAGCAACCCCUAUUAGCGACAAACAGGUGGUCAGGUUUUUCGUCUUGGGCGCAGGCUUUGGAGGUCUACUUUACGCUGUGCGUCUCAUUGAGUCUGGUGUGGCCACCGCAGACGAGAUCCGGCUCGUCGACGCAGCCGGUGGUUUCGGCGGAACCUGGUACUGGCAUCGAUACCCUGGGCUUCACUGCGAUCUUGAAAGCUACUGCUAUCUCCCCUUACUCGAGGAGACCGGAUAUAUACCGAAGCAAAAGUACGCUCCGGCUGCUGAAAUUCGGGAGCACGCUGAGAGAAUCGCACGACGAUGGAAACUUGACGACAAGACUCUGUUCAGAUCCGACGUACAACGCGUCGAGUGGAAUGAUAAGAAGGAGCUCUGGAGUGUGAGCCUUACUGAGAGACGUGGGCCCGGAGCAGAGUCCAUCCGGCACAGCGUUCAAGCACAGUAUGUUUACCUGGCGGCCGGCGUUCUCACCAAACCUCAAAUCCCCAAAAUCCCCGGUCUUUCAUCGUACAAGGGAGACAUAUUCCAUACCUCAAGAUGGGACUACUCCGUGACUGGCGGCUCUCAGGAAGACCAAACACUCAGCAAUCUGCGCGACAAGAAGGUCGCGAUCAUCGGCACGGCUGCCACAGCUAUAGGGGCGAUUCCCACGUUGGCCAAGUACGCGAAAGAGCUGUACGUCAUCCAGCGAACGCCGGCAUACGUCAAACCGCGGAACCAACAGGUCACCAACAUCGAAGAUUUUCAAGCGGGCAUUGCGAACAAGAAGGGAUGGCAGUUUGAAAGACAGAUUAACCUCAACCGACACAUGACCAAUGCGGUCCUGCCUGGCCAACCCAAUCUUGUCGACGAUGGCUGGACUGAUAUGCCUGCUUAUUCCGCAGUCAUGGGAUCACCUUCUCAUGGCAUUGUCGAUGGUUCGCCUGAAGAGCAACAGAGACGAGCUACCUGGUUCCAUGCUUUGGACUUGCCGCAUAUGGAAGGUGUACGGGCUCGCGUCAGCAACAUCGUAAAGGACAAAACCACCGCCGAGAAACUGAAGCCCUGGUACCCUUCAUGGUGCAAGCGACCGACGUUCAGCGAUGAAUAUCUGCAGGCAUUCAACGAGUCCCAUGUACACCUGGUUGACACGGACGGCAAGGGACCAUCUCACGCAACGGAUAAAGCCAUUGUUGUCGCUGAUAAGGAAUAUCCUGCCGAUGUCAUCAUCUUCAGCACCGGUUACUCCGUCGCCGGCGGUCGCACCGGUGGAAGCCCUGCGGGCAGAGUGGGCGUGCAGGUGUUGGGCCGAGAGGGCAUUUCCAUGGACGAUAAGUGGCGGCAAAAUGGCCCUGCAACACUUCAUGGAUACGCAACCAAUGGCUUUCCAAACCUGUUCUUCUCUGGUACAUCUCAAGGCACCAUCACGGGAAAUAACGUCUUCAUGCUUGGCCUCAUCGCUGGGCACGUAACUUACAUGAUCUCUGAAGCAGAGAGACGUGUGGGCCAUGGCAAGAGAGCUAUUGUCGAAGUGACCAGAGAAGCAGAAGAGGAGCACAGUGAGGAAAUCGCAAAGAGGGCACCGUUUUUCUCCUCUCUUGCUGGGUGCACGCCAGGGUACUUCAAUGGUCAUGGGCAAGCGGCCUCAGAUGACCCGGAAGAGAAGAGAAAGCAAGCAAGAGGUGUUGUAUGGGCUGAGGGUACCGUGUCGUUUCUGAACUACAUUGGCAAGUGGAGGGAUGAGGGAAAGUUAAAGGGGUUGUCUGUCGAAACCAGGUCUGGACUCUCAUCGACUGACGUUCAGAGAUUGUCCAAGCUGUGA